GCCAUGAUGUCUGAGAGCUCCGGCCCCCAGAACCCCAGCUGCCACAUCAUGACCUUCUACCCAACCAUGGAGGAGUUUAUGGACUUCAACCACUUUAUCGCUCAGAUGGAAUCUCAGGGUGCACAUCGAGCAGGCCUGGCCAAGGUCAUCCCACCCAAGGAGUGGAAGGCCAGACAGAGCUACGAUGACAUGGAUGACUUCUUGAUAGCCCGCCCCCUCCAGCAGGUGGCCUAUGGCGGGGCAGGUGUCUUUACUCAACACCAAAAAAAGAAGAAAGCCAUGACCCUGAGACAGUACCGCCAACUGGCCACCAGCACAAAAUACCAGACCCCAGCGCACCUGACUUUUGAAGAGUUGGGGCAAAAGUAUUGGAAGAGCCGUGCCUAUGGUGCCCCGAUCUACGGCGCUGACAUCAGCGGCUCUCUGUUUGAUGAGAACACGGCACACUGGAACCUCAGGCGCCUGGGCUCGCCUCUGGACCUGCUGGCACAGGAGUGCGGCGUGGUCAUCGAGGGAGUCAACACGCCCUACCUGUACUUUGGCAUGUGGAAGACCACGUUCGCCUGGCACACGGAGGACAUGGAUCUGUACAGCAUCAAUUACCUGCACUUCGGGGAGCCCAAAACGUGGUACGCGGUGCCCCCGGAGCACGGGCGGCGCCUGGAACGCCUGGCCGGGCAGCUGUUCCCGGGCAGUUCCCGCAGCUGCCAGGCCUUCCUGCGGCACAAGGUGGCCCUCAUCUCGCCCAGCGUCCUGCGGCAGAAUGGCAUCCCCUUCCGCCGCGUCACUCAGCAGGCUGGCGAGUUCAUGGUCACCUUUCCCUACGGCUACCACGCGGGCUUCAACCACGGCUUCAACUGCGCCGAAGCCAUCAAUUUCGCCACCCCGCGCUGGAUCGAGUAUGGCAAAGUGGCCUCUCAGUGCAGCUGCGGGAAGGCCAGGGUCACCUUUGACAUGGACCCCUUCGUUCGUAUCCUGCAACCCGAGCGCUAUGAGCUGUGGAAGAAGUCGCUAGCCCGUUUGGGUGUGGACAAGAAUCAAAAUAUGCGGGAGCUGACCACUGGCAGCAAGGUGCAAGCAACAGGCAGACGCGCGCCAGGCAUAAGGCACCGCAAGAGGCAUCGGGCUCGAUGCCCUAGACAGCCUGUGGAGGAAGGUGAUGGGAGCGGCCAGUCCACCGCCGUGGGUCCUGUGUCGGUGCAAGUCUUGUGUGCUAGAGUCACUGCAGGCCAGCCUGGGGCUGCUGGUGCUAGCAGCUCCUGGAAGCCUGAUUGGGUACCAUUGGAGACCCCCGGUCUACUCAGCCCAGGUCCUCGUGCCUUCACUGGUAGACGUGGUCGCGGUUGUGGGCGUCGUUCUCAGCACUUGGAGGCUCAACAGCCUAUCCUGCAGGUUCCAACCAAGACGCUGGUCUUCUCGGGUGCUGCACACAGAGCUCCCGGUGCAGAGGCCCAGUCCCUGCUGGAGCAUGGGGUUUUGAUGGUGAACGCAGCUCCCGUGACCCCUGAGCUCCAGCCUCUUUCCAAGGCUUCUGGAUGUUGCUGUGCCCCCGAUCUUCAGCCCUUGGGGCCCCCAUUGGAUUCCGACCAUCCAAUGCACCCUGGCCCUUGCCUGCUCUCCUUGGACCACAUUCCAGUGGAUCUCCCUGACACCGUGCCACCGACAUCACCCAGUAGUACCAUGCCUCGGAGAAGGUUUCCCACAGACACUGCUAGGGACUGGGCUGCUCUUGGGAAUGUUGUGAGGAUGGAUCACUCUUAUACCUCUAGGAGUCUGGAUGCAGCCAGUGUCCCUGACUGUGAUCCCCUGGAACCAGAAACACCAGAGGGAGCAGCACCCUUGAGUCCCGAAGAUAUUUUUGCCUUUAAUGGAUGCUCUUAA